CCCCCGCUGUCCCCCAUGGAGGGGGCCGUGGAGCUCAGUUUGGCCUGCACUAGGCCGCUGCUACCAGAAGGGGGAGAGGGAGGAGGCGCCAUGACCGAUGCAUCCUGGGAAAUAAACCAACAUGGGGAGCAGCUCCGGGCUCAGCAUGCACUUCAAUCCCACGGAGUGAGAGCCUGACGUGACCCCCCCGCCGCCAUAACACGGCCCACUGCGUCACCGCCUCCCGGGGACGAUGUGAGGGGGCUGCCAGCGAAGAACCGCAGCCUCUCCCGGAUGAUGGACAGGAACUACCCGACUCCCACCUUCACCGACCCGCUGGCCCCAGCCUCCCCCGCCGCCUGGGCCUACGAUCGGAGCGCGGCCGGGAUCAAACCCAGUCUGAGCUAUGGAACUGGACAUCCUUCUCAUUCAGAAACGGAGCUCCUGCACCGACAGACCUAUGCAGCCACUCAUCAGCUCCCUGGAUAUGCCACCACACAUCAUCCUACAGGUUUAUCUGGCCUCUUUGACACCAGCCUCCAUGUGGCCGGUAGUAACACUACAGAAACUUCGGUGAUGAACUUUUUAUCUGCAAUAGAGUCUCGGACCGCUCAGGCAGCGUCAUCAGGCACCACCCUUCUGCCACAGUUCAGGGCCCCAUCAUGGCAAACUGGCAUGCAUUCCUCGACAGCGACAGAACUGUUUGUUACUGGAGCUUUACAAACCUCUGGAACAUUUCCAACAUCUGCGCUUUCGGCCUAUCAGCACCCGAAUACAUUCAGCUCUAGAAACUUUGCCACAACACCAUCUUUAACUCUUCAAGAUGGGACUUUCAGUGCUACGACAAAUGGUCUGCUUUCUCAUCAUGACCCUUUGCUUCAGAUCAAGUCAUCACAGACUCCUACUGCCUUGACCUUUGAACGUCUUGGCAGUGCUGUGCUAAGUACCGGCAUACCACAGUCCUCAACAUAUCGGUCUGCCCAGGAAUCUGCACCACAUCUGUUACAGCCCCAGUUCAGUUUGUUGCCAUCAGCACUUGGUGGGACCCAGCAGACUGCUCAGCCAUACAGUACAUCAGUGUUUACUGGUUCUACUGCCUCCAUCGAAAGAGCACUUCAGAGGGAAUGUAGUGUUAUAAAACACCAUCAGAGGCCUUCUAGUACUCAGUCUGUACAGGCACAGCUAUCUGGUACUCAGCAUUCCUUACCGAAUUAUUUAACAAGUACAACUGGGGCUGCCUUGCACGACACAUCGAGACAGUCCGCUCUGUUAUGUGCUCCUCUUGGAGCUCUUACUCAGGUGAGCAAUGGUGGACCGGUACAAAAAACCCCUCAAGUUUCUGUGGAAUUAUCUCAAUCUUACCCAUCUGUCAUACCAUCCCCCGGUUUUCCUCCCUCUUCUACAAAAGCAAAAAACUGUCCUACAAAGGCUCCUCCGAGGUCCUCAAAGACCCCCAAAUCUCAGAGUGUAGCGUCUCCUGGGCAGACCCAAAGUUAUAUAAAGUCUUCUCAGAACCAGAGUUCUGUCAUUUCAAGCCAAGCACAAGCUUUUUCCACAGCACAGCUUAGUAGCCUUUUACCCGUAAGUCAGUCUCCUAGCUAUGUCUCAACGCAGUCCCCUAACCUGCCAUCUGCUAGCCAAUCGCAAGUGUUCUCAACAAUCAAAUCGGAAAAGCUGCCUCCUUUAUACAAACCACUGACUGCAUUCUCUAGCCAAUCACAAACCAUAACCUCUGGCAGCCAGACACUAAGUUACUCAACGGAUCAGCCGCUUACGCUGCCUUCAGUCUCAAGCGAGAACUACUCCGAUCAAACAAGAGAUUUGUCUUCAGCUAACCAGACGCAAAGUUAUUCUUCCAGUAACACUCAGGGUUUAACUCCGGUCAGUCAAUCACAAGUUAGCUAUUCAUCUCAAUCACAAGUGAUGUCACCAGUAAGUCCUUCAGACAGUUAUAAUUCAGGACAAAACCUACCACUAUCAUCCCCAUCUCUUCCAUUUUCUGCUUCCUCUCGUGGACAGACUUUACCUGCCUCAAGUCCUACUCAAAAUUACAUUUCUAUGCAUUCAUCCCAGGCUGCGCAAGACUCCACUUCCCCACAGUCUCAAAAGUUUUUGCCAACUGUCCCCCCCUCCUCCUUUUCAUCCCCUCCUCAUUCACAAGCAUUGCAAAAUAGUAGGACUGCGGACUCCAAAUCCUAUGUGAAGAGGAAAUCUGAAAACAACCUGUAUGCAAGCGUAAAACAAGAGGAGAAAUUUCAGAUGCCAGAUUUACAGGCAUUACAACAGCAAACCAGUAUCGAGUCUUCUGCUCAAGGACUGAAUGAAGGGGAGAUGACUCCUCAGGAGACGGCUUACAGUGUUUCAAAGGCGGAUGACCGAUACUCUCAAAGUGUUAUUAAGAGUAAUUCACGUCUGGAAGACCAAGUUCUUGGCCUUCAAGGGUCAAAAAAAGAUGAGCGAAUGAUGAGCCCUGUAGGUCAUAUGUCUCAGCACGUAGGUCAUAUGAACAGUUCAUCUGGCCAUGAUGCUAAGAAUUCAACAGACUUAAUACAGCCUGCACAGGUUAGUGCUAAGGACUUGAGUCAGCAUAACAUGUUGCACAAAGUGCACGAAACAAAGCUUCCGGAGCAGCCAAGCACCUCACCACAGCUCCAAGCAGUUUUGAGGCAUCCUCAGCAUCUUCAACUACAAGGUACGCAGGUACUUCUAGAUUCAGAUUUACAAAUGUUUCAGCAAUCCAUUUUACAGUCAAACAUGGGGCAAGCAAAGGCCCCUGCGUCAAUGCAGCGUAUUCAGAGUCCUCAGCAGGUAGCAUCGCAAUUCCUUCAAAUGGAUGGCCACAUUAUCCAGAGCAAUGGAGGCCAGCCUCAACCAAAUCUCCACCAACAAAGCUCAGAUGUCAUCAAAAUGGACACCUCUGAUGGGAAGCAUAUGCAGCAACACUUGCAGACUAAAGAUUUUGGCCAGAGACAACGGCUAGACUCAAAGAACCAAUUUGAAUCUUUGAACCCAAUGUGUUUUACAGAGUCAAUGUUGCUCAGUGAUGAAAGGAACUUUUUGUCUCAUGUUGAUGACAUUUUAGCAGCUACAGCCGCCCAAGAGUUUGCCAAGUCUUCUGGCGAGGACAAUUUAUCUGUCAAACCAGAUGAUUCAAAGUCCCGUUUCCAGUCUCUAAAUAUAAGGAACUCGUCUGCAAAUUAUACACCCCCAAAGCAGCAGCAGAAUCUAAACAGUCUUUCAUUAAAUGGUGGCCAAACAGCAAUAAACCUUUCUACGAUUUCUACGACUCAUUCCAAAAAUACAGGUCUUGAUCAAAACCAGAUUCAGCCUUUAGAGCAAGACUUGCCAAGCGGCAUGGGUUCACCAGUGCUAGGGACCAGUCAGGAUGACCAUGAAAAGAAUUCUGAGAUGGUUAAGAAGAAUGAAUCCAAGGACACUAAUGACAUAGAGGGAGAUAUUGGAGAUUCGGAAUUCUUGGGCAGUACAAAAAACCUCAAUGAUGAAAAUUCGCCAUCUGAUGGAGACUAUAUGAUGAACACAGAUGACACUGUAGCUGGACAAGUUCAGCAUUUGACAAAAAGUGAUACUCAAGCAGGUAGCAGCUCUAGUGGCCAAAUGGAAGAAGACUGCCAAGAUCUAGGCCAAGACGGCCUUCAAAAGAUGAAGGGAAAGGAUAAAAUGCCAAUGAAACAUUUUACAGAUGAUGAAAAUGCAAACGUCAAACAAGCUAAGCGAAAUGUACAGAUGAAACGGCCAUUGUCAAAAGGCCCUGACGUGGGGAUACAGUACUCCUCACACGUCACUGAGGGUUACUAUGAUAGCUACCAGCACCAAGAAAGGAUGAGACAGAAGAUAAAGGAAGUGGAGGAGAAACAACCAGAAGUCAAAACUGGUUUUAUUGCAUCCUUCUUGGACUUUUUAAAGACUGGACCAAAGCAGCAGUUUUCAGCUCCUGCUGUGCGUGUACCUAACCGAAUCAGAAGGCCAUGUACCCCAGUGAUAAAGACCCCCUGUCCUGGCCCGCUUCCUCAGCCUCAGUCAGCAGGUUCUGAGGUGGGGAGCUCUCCUAAAAAGACUGAGGAGGAGUUUAAGAAGAACCUGGAGGCUUUGCCUUCCUUUUCUUCUGAUGAUGAUGAUUCUGUCGGAGGCAAUAAUGAUCUUCAGAAGAGCAUCACCACAGCCUUGUCUGCAUUAGAUGAGAACGGGGAUAAAAAGAAUAAAGCAGCUGAAAAGGUUACACCUUCAGUGAAACAGGAAUCUCCUCCAGUCUCUUCCCCAAGAGCCACCCAGGAGAAGGUGAAGGUGGUUGAGGCACAGAAAAGCACCAAAAGUGAGCCCACCCAGACCGACCAGCUGGCCAAGUCACAAGACUGCAUUGCCCUUGAAGGUUUUACAGAUGAGGAAGGCGCAGAAAGUGGUGGAGAGGGGAUUUACCGGGAGCGUGAUGAAUUUGUGGUCAAGAUUGAAGACAUAGAAAUGCUAAAAGAAGCAUUGCGUACUGGCAAAGAACCUCCAGCCAUUUGGAAAGUCCAAAAGGCCCUGCUCCAGAAAUUUAUCCCUGAUCUUCGAGAAGGGCACAGGUCGUUUGCUGCCACAAAUAGCUAUCUUGGCUACUUUGGAGAUGCCAAAACAAAAUAUAAGCGAGUAUAUGUUAAGUUUGUGGAGAACACAAACAAAAAGGAGUAUGUCAGGGUUUGCUCAAAGAAACCCAAAAGCAAAGCUGCUCCCAUCCCCAGUAGAAACUCUCAUACAAAGAUCAAUGCAAGUAACAAAGCAGCCACCGAGACUCCUCUGCAGAAAAAUGCACCACCAAAAGUCGUGUCUGCAAAACCAAAAGCCAAACAGCCAAAGACGAAGGCUGAACCUCCACCAAAGAAGAGGAAACAGUGGAAAGAGGAGUUCUCAUCUUCUCAGUCAGACUCCUCCCCAGACAUGCAGAGUGACGAGGAAGAGUUUGAGCCCCCACCCCCACCAAUUGUUACUCGCUUCUUGAAUACAAGAGCCAUGAAAGAGACAUUCAAGGGAUAUAUUGAGCUGCUUGUAGGAAUUGCAUUGGAUGCUGAUGUAAUGCAAAACCUGGAGAAAGAUAACGAUGAUGUUCUUCUGCCACACAUGAAGAAGAUCGAAGGAAUGUUAAAUGAGAAUAGGAGGAGACUGCUUGCAAAACUGCAGAUGGAUCAGCCAUUAAAGAAUGCCUUGGAAAAUUAUCCUGAUAUAACCAUGAUCAAUCGUGACACAAAAGGAAAAUCAGGAGGAGCAGCUGUGUGUAAAAUAAAAGUACAUGGCAAGUGGUACAACAAGAAAACCAUGCGACCUGCUAAAAACCCUUCAAAGCAAUCACAGGAGUUCACUGUAGAUCCAGAAAAAUCCCAGUUAUGUUCCCUCUAUCAUGCACUCCACCAUUACAAGUACCACAUAUACCUUAUAUGCAAAGAUGAGGUUACCUCUGUUCAGAAAUCAAAUCGGGACCUACAGCAAGCGGAGCUUGUUAACCACUGUCUGAAAAACAUGAAGUGGGUGGAGGAUCUCUUUGAAAAAUUUGGUGAACUUUUGAGCCGGGUGCAACAGACAUGUUCUUAAAGCCUGGCAAAUUUUUUUUUAUUUUAAUUUUUUUUUUAUUAUUUUAAUUUUUUUUUUCUUCUACUUUCUGGAUACCCCACCACCUUAUUUACAUCUCUCACAGCUCUCCUCCUAGUAUAUUCCCUCCCCUCAAACAGCAUUAACAUCCAGAAAGGAGCCAAGAGACACUUAUGUGGCGUAUACAUGACUGGCUGAUCUCUGGUGACUAUACAGCUAUGUCUCACAUCUACAUAGAGUACGCUGGGAAUUACGGUAAUAUCCACCCAACUCCUUGGAGACGAGCAGCACGUUUCUCCUGCCCAUUCAUUUCGUAAACUCUUUGCCUAUUGCAUAUUUUUGUUUCCAGGCAAAAUUAUACAGCAUGCACUAAACUAUAGAAUGAAUUACUUUAUUACCUGUAGCGUUAACACUUAAACUGCUUUACUAAAUUUUUUUCCUCUGUAAAAAAACAAACUAUAAUUGGGGGAGGGGGGGGGGGGAAUCCUUACUCUUCUCCCUUGCCCGAUUUUUCUCCCAUCCUAAAAAGACAAGAACGUAUAAGGUGGAGGUACAGAAACAAUACUUGCAUUUUUAUUUUCCAGUCCACUGCAUUUAGAAAUAUUGUACAUUUUGUAAAACAGAGUUUUGCGAUACAUCACUUUAUGAUAGCCACCGUGAUAAAAAAAAAAAGAAAAAAAAUACUGAAAAAAAAAAAUGGUAGAAAAAAAUGUUAUGCUUUACGGACUCCUUUUACAAGUUUCUUUUGGUUCAGGAGACUGAACGCGGAGUUGGUGCAAUCCUUUGACUGCUUUUUGUGUCAAAUUAUAUUAUAAUGGAUAAAAAUGACAUUAACUAUUUUCCCUGUUUUGAAGAAAACUAUUUUCCUUUAUACUGUUUUUUCUUUACAAAAAAAAAAAAAUCAAUUGUACAUUUUAUCUCACGAAUAGUUGUAUUUUUCACAGAGAAAAUAUUGUGGUUAUAAUUCUGUUUCCUGGGUCUUUGUAAUAAUACACCUCCCUUUUUUUUUUGUUUUUGUUCUUCCUUUCAGUAAAUCCCUUUCAUUUACAUGUUGAUUUCACAUAUUGUAUGCAAUAUAUCUUAAGCAAUGCUUCUCUCCCCUCCUUUCCCCUCCUCCCACCUAGAUGUUAGCUGCAGUUUUAACCGGCAAAAUGUAUAGCGGGUUACUAUAGUUUUUACAAUGUAGACAAUGCAACCAAUUUUCUGAUCCUUGGAAAUAAAUGACUUACUUAACAUGUAUUUGAUCAGUGGAGCCUUGAUUGCCAAAUGUGUUCUUUUAUUUCUUUUUCUUUUUAUUUUUUUAUAACAUACAUAACCUUCUUUCUCCAUGUAAUUGUGCCACAUGCUGAAUGUAGAAGUAUACAAAACGUUGAAAAAUGGUUUAUUAAGUCUUGAAGGAGCCACUUUCUCCCCAUUCUGUGCCAAUUGUGUAGUUUCUGAAAAAUUCUCUAUUCACUUAUGCACUAGUUUUAUAUCUGGUACUUUUUUUGACCAUUUAGAACAUGCUCUUUUAAAGCUCCAGUGCUGUCCCUUGCAGACCGUGCAUGUAACAUGCACCAGAAUUGGGACGUGCAUUUUCAGAAGGUUAUAUAUGCCUCUAGGGCACCAGUUAAUGUAAGUGAAGAAAGAGAGAUUUUUUUUAUUUUGGUAUGUAUUAUUUGAAACAAAAACAUGUCUGUUUUGAUUUUAAAGAACACACAUUUUCGACAGUUUUGCUUCUGCAGUUUGCAGAUUUUGCAAUGCAUUGCAAGCUGCUUAAUGCAGUUCAUUGACAAUCCCAGCAGCCAGGCUCUCUGUCAGCUCAGAUUAAGGAGAAGAUAGGUGUAACUACAGACAGAGUGAAAAUCUGAUUAUAUCAGCUUAGAUAAGAAUUUAGGUGGGACCGGAGACUGGGCCAAGAGCUCAUCUGAUAGCAUUGACACUGAAUGGCAUUAAGCAGCUUGCAAUGUAUUUAAAUGCAUGAAAGCUACAGUACCAAAAGGUUGGAAAAGUCUAAUCAAAAUUCUUAUGCAGUUUAAUUCAAAGUAGUGUUUGCCAAGCACAGUCCUAAAGUAUCU